AAACAUCUUCUCUAAGACCUUCCGCCACCUUCCUUUUGUUCUACUCCAAUUUCUUGCAUUUUCCAUUCCCAACCAGUUCGCCGGAAAUCUCUGAGCGUCCAUUUCCCUAGUUUUCUCUAACCACCUUCGAUUUUCUUCAUGGAUCCUCACCAGCAGCUUCGAAAUCACUCUUUAGACCCUGACCCCCAACUUCCCUCCAUCAAAAUUCACCAUCCAGCCUCCCCUCGCCACCCCUCCGCCACCACGCCCGUCGCCACCCCCACCCCCACCGCCGGCGCCCGCCGCAAGGUAGGCGUCGCCGUCGACCUUUCCGAAGAGAGUGCUUUUGCGGUCCGCUGGGCUGUCCAACACUACCUUCGCCCCGGUGAUGCUGUUAUUCUUCUCCAUGUUAGCCCUACUUCCGUCCUCUUCGGCGCCGAUUGGGGAUGCAUUGACAUUUCCCUGGACACUGCUGCUGAUAAUCCCGACGACGAGGAUGUUGCCGAUGGUGAAAACAAUCAAAAUCAGAACCGCACCGAGCGGUCAAAGCGUAAAUUGGAGGACGAUUUUGAUGCCUUCACUGCCUCGAAAGCUGCCGAUCUAGCCAAACCUAUAAAAGAUGCUCAAAUUCCGUACAAGAUUCACAUAGUGAAGGAUCAUGACAUGAGAGAGAGGCUGUGUUUGGAAGUGGAGAGAUUAGGGCUCAAUGCCCUAAUCAUGGGCAGUCGCGGCUUUGGUGCAGCUAAGCGCGGUAACGACGGCGGCCUUGGGAGUGUUAGCGAUUAUUGCGUUCAUCAUUGUGUGUGUCCUGUGGUUGUGGUUCGGUUUCCGGAUGAGAAGGACGGUGGUAUUAGCGGCAGCGCUGCGGUGGUGCUUAAGGAGGACGGCGACACCGAGAUGAAGUCUGAAACUUCGGAAGCGGCGGAGUCUUAAGGUUAGAUAUCUCUGUUUGCCGAGAUUGCUUCUUGUAUUGUUAUGGGUUUUCUUGGUUUGUUUUCUGAUGCCAGAAGCGACUCAAGUGUAGCUGUAGUUUAGUUUUCCAUUGGAGCAAAGUUGAAUGUAUGGUAUGAUCAGAAUGUUAUAAAAUUUGCCAGAUAUUCUCCAUUUUGAUGUUUGUUUAGAAGUGUAUGACUAUGGUGGACUUGUUUCUAUUCUCGCUUUCAAUAACUUUUUAUGUAAUUAUGUUAUAUGUAGUUGAAUACAGAACAUAUUGUGUGUUGAUUGUAUAUAUUAUCAUUUGGAUUGGUGGAA